AUGGCUCCUAGAGAUUUUCCUGGUAUAAAUCCGAAUCAGUUCACAAUCGGUAUCGAGAUAGAAAUGAUUAUACCCUAUUUAGUAGGACAGCAACACUUUCAUGGAGAUCGCUUUGAGUUUGUUUCUCAGGCUUUAAAGACACUGGCCGAUGAUAUGAAAACAGGAAUUGCCAUCAAUGAACCGGUCGCGCGCCGCGAAGUUUUUAAAUUCUUUCAAGUAAAAACCGACGAUAGUAUCGAAUCUGAAGACAGUUCAGAUGGGCGGAUAGAGAUUGCAACACCGAUACUCAGAAAUAAGGCUUGGAACUGGGUGGUUCCCCGGGUGUGCGAUAGUAUGAGGUGUGCCGCUCAAUUUGCUGGAACCCAACUUUCUUUUAACUCGACAACGGGGCUUCACGUUCAUAUAGCAAUUGCGGAUAGGUCGUUCACACUCGCAGAGCUAAGGCGUAUAUCAAAAGCAUUAUUUAUUUUUGAGAGACAUAUGUCCCAUUUUCAUCCCAAAAGUCGAAGGUGUACUGAUCUAGGGCCUUUCAGGAUGCAGUUAUGUCGCAACUCUCUACCACUAGUGGGUUUGUCGGACGAAGAGGCGCUUUCUUUAAUUGACAAGGGAUCGAAUCUUGAUGAAAUUGUUUACAACGUCAACGGAGUCGUUGCAGCGUUAGCUAUAGAUGGAGAAAAACCCCGUGAAAAUAUUCCUUCGAGAUACUUCAAAUACAACUUUACCCCCUUGAGCACAUACGGAACAAUCGAGUUUCGGGAAGCCAUAGGAACAGAUGAUGAGUUCCAUAUUCUUGAUUGGAUAAGAACUGUCAUUAAAUUCGUCACGGCAGCUAUAAAAACUUCGGAUCAUUUAUUCGUAGAAUGGGCUAGAAAUGGAAUACCGCCUGUCGUGUAUUCUGUGUACGGAGUUCCGAAACCGCCUGGUUAUAGAAGAUUGAAUGAGAACAAUCCACUGGGUCCGCCAGCUCUCCAAGAACUCGCUCGUAGGUAUAAGAGGAAAUAA